UUUCAGUGUGUUGCAAUACAAAUGUAGAAGUUCAAGACUAAUCCUUUGUGUAUGGAGUACGCAUGUUUCCUUAUGACCCUCAAAUUGCUACAGUAUACCAAUCGUAGUGUCGAUAGCCACCAAGCCUCGAACGACAACAGGAUCGACUCAAGGCGCCCAGAAGAAAUUCACAGGGCCGUUAUCUCUACUGCGAAAACAGUGCACGAGACCAACCGGUGUUGUUGGCAUUCGCUAUGUACAUACUUACCCAGUUGUGCGCUCUGCUCAAGAAAGACAUGUGGAUCUUGCGCAUCAAACGGCACCCUUGGUAUUCUUUGUUCGAGCUAUUGUUUCCAGUAUCGGUCUUCUUUGUUCUUUCUAUAGGUUUUAAAAUUCCCGAGAAAGAUCCAGCAGCUGGAAAAUGGUACGACGCAAUGAUUUACCCGCACAAAGGUCCUUACUCGGCGAAGCACAUUGACUUUGGAAACAGCAGAGAAAGAUUUCAAGUGAUCUACGCUCCUCGAACAGACUACACAGCAUUCGUCAUUGAUUCCGUUUUUGAAAUUCAUCGAAAUACUUUGGUUACAGGCUUUGCUGAUGACAACGAUCUUGAGGUGCACCUAAGCAAUAUUAAUGGCACCGUUGAUUUGGCCAUUGUUUUCCGGUCGGUAAGCGAGCCAAGCCAGCUGAGUUAUACCCUUCAAUACGGCUUCAAAGAUGAAAUUGCCUCCUCGGAUUCCCUUAGUCAGCUCGCGAAACCAAGGACCUUGAGGUCAAUUUUUGAAGAGAACCUGUUGUUCCCUACAAUGUACGCAGUUUUCGAGGAACACAUGAAAUUUUACAAUCUAACCAUUGCUUCUGUACUGGACCUGAUGCGGCCUUUUCCAACGGACCGAUACUACUUACAAGAAGGAGGCGUUCCGCUAAGUGCUGGACCACUUAACCUUAUAAUCAUACUCGGCUUUUCAAUGUUUCUCUGCUCCUAUACGACAGGUGUUGUCGCCCAGAAAGAGAAUCGCCUCCAAGAAAUGAUGCGAAUGAUGGGUCUGCCAGGAAGUGUAUACUGGCUAAACCUUAUGCUCCUAGGCAAUAUUAGGGGCUGGAUGAUAGCACUCAUUCUCACUGCCGCCAUGUUCUUCAAAAACGUAUUCUUUUAUUCGGAUCCCUCAGUGAUUAUCCUCAUUAUGAUGGUCUUCACGAUGGCGCUCGUCAGUUUUGCUCUGCUGCUUACCGUACCAUUCACUUCGCCAAAGAUUAUGGCGGUUGUGGCGUUCGUCGUGUUUAUAAUGUCUCUGCUGGCGAUUAAUAUCACGAACGGUUAUUUGGACACAAAUACAGAAAGCAUCUCAGACUACAUGUCCCUAACAAUUGCGUUCAAAUUGGGGACAUCCUGUGUACCCGCGAUGGGCAUUAAUUGGCUUUUGAAGUUUGCGAUGUUUGCUGAACACAAAGGUGAAGGUUUACGGUGGCAUAACAUGCUUAAAGGAGUUGUCCCAGGUGAUAACAUAGCGCCCAUCGAUGUUGUAUACGCAAUGCUGUUGUCGUGGUUUUUAUAUCUUGCAUUUGCGGUCUAUUUUGAUAGCAUAUGUCCGUGGCAGUCUGGAGUGCCAAACCAUCCGCUGUUCUUUUUACAACCUUCAUAUUGGCUUCCCGUUGUUCACGAUAUUUCCGAAACGACCUUAUCAUCUGGUACCAAAGAACUGAUGGAACCUGUGUCAACGGAAAGACGUGUCGUCAUUCGUCUAUGGAAGAUAUCGCAUAGCUUUGGCCCGAUUCGAGCUCUCAAUGACCUCUCGUUUGAUUUGUACUGUAAUGAAAUCACCAUGUUGCUCGGGCAUAAUGGAGCCGGCAAAACAACGAUCAUGAACAUCUUGACGGGACUUAUAUUGCCAGACCAUGGAGAAGUGUAUAUUAAUGGAUAUAACGUUAAAAAAAAUACACGCGAAGCUCGAAAGAGUAUUGGGGUUUGCCCUCAGCACAAUGUGCUCUUCGAUGAUCUUACAGUGGCUGAGCAUUUAGCUUUUUUUGCUAAGCUCAAAGACGCCAAAGCGGACGUUGUGAAGCAGGAAACGGAAGAGCUGCUUUUGAAACUUAACCUAAUGCAUAAGUGUGGCUCUUUAUCAAAAGACCUAUCCGCCGAAAUGAGAAGAAAGCUGUGUCUUGCAAAUGCCCUGAUCGGAGGCAGUGAGAUACUGAUUCUUGAUGAACCCACAACGGGAAUGGAUUCUGAAUCGCGGCGCGCCGUAUGGGAAAUUCUGCAGAGCGAGCGACGUUCUAGAACCAUCGUAAUGACCACUCACUUUAUGGAGGAAGCAGACAUACUGGGAGACCGUAUCGUUUUUGUGGCGAAAGGCCGCCUUCUAGCCUGCGGAUCACCGAUGUUCCUGAAGCGCAAGUUCGAAACCGGUUACAACCUGCGACUGGGCAAGCGUUUUGUAGACGUCGACACGAGCCGGGUCGUCUAUGCGAUGAGGAAAGCUCUCCCUGGAUACGACAGAAUCAGUAUGGAUAUGGACUUUGGCUUCGAGUUCGUCAUUAACAUUGGCUUCCCGUCACCGCAGCAGCUCGUCGAACUCUUCAGAUACCUUGAAGAGAACAUGACUGCUUUCGGAGUUCAAAAUAUUAGUAUUUCCAUAACGACAAUGGAAGAUGUAUUCCACAAAAUUGGCGCGUACGACGAAGCAAAAUCUGGCUAUGGGGCACGUCCGAGCAACGAGGAAACAGUUGAAAUUACAUUUAGAGAAGCCUUCAGACACCCGACUGUAAUACCCGAGGGACGCCGUCUAAAUACAGUUCGCCUAUGCGCACUGCUUCGAAAGAGGUGGCUCGUGACUCGACGUGAAUGGAGAAUCGUAUUUUACGUUGGACUUGUGCCAGCUCUCGCUACCGUUCUCUAUUGUAUCUCGACUGUAGCAGUCUUUAAGAACGAACUGCGACGGUCGAUAACGUACUCUAUACCGAAAAUAACGUCUGAACCCAUUGGCUUUGUGACUGAGAGGCAAGAUGCGGUCAUCGCCAGAUUCGCCGAUGCAUUGAAAUCUAAACAUGCUAAAGUGAAUGUGAUUCAACAAAGCACAAAUAUUAGCCACUAUUUAUUGGCCAUGGCUAGCUCUGACCCCAGAAGCUAUAGGAACCGAUGGGUUGCUGGAGGAGAGUUCGAUGGUGAGAAUCGAGUUUUAUGGUACAACGGAGAACCUUACCACGUGGGCGCCGCUGCUUUAGCCCUAUGGCAAAGCUCUAUCCUUGUCGAAGCUACACGGGACCCAAACGCCACUGUAAUUGUCACAAACGUCUAUCCCACAAAGGCUGAAGAAUACUUACUCCAUGCCUUAUUCCUGCAAACAUUUACCAGAAUGAUGGCAGUUUUAUUUCUAACUUUUGCCGUAUCGUACCCGGCUUGCAACGCUGUUACUCUUCCAAUUGAGGAAAGAGUCCUCAAAUUAAAAUUGGUCCAAAUUAUGACCGGGCUUCCUCGCUGGAUUUAUGUCGCCUCAAACGCCAUCUUCGAUUUUUGUGUCACGCUUGUCACAGCGACCAUCAUAGUAGUGCUUAUCGUAUUGAUGGGUCCCCCCAAUGUGUUCGGCGAAAUGCAAAAUUUAGCGGCUUUGAUUGUGCUUUUAAUCAUCUACUACUUAGCUAAACUUCCCACAGUCUACAUAUUAACGUACGUCAUCAACGACUCGGCGAAAGGCCUUCUACUCGUACAGUAUCUCACGCUAAUACCGUUUGCCUUCGGAAUCGGGGCUUUGGGAAUUGAGUUGGUUCUUUAUUGGUACUAUGGUCCGCAUUUUUUUGCAAAGUUACUCCACAUCACACCCACGUUUGCAGUGAUAUGGGCGAUCGGCAGUAUUUCAUUAAAUGGCGUUACCAAGGAAACCUGCAAAAAUUAUGACGGAGUGCAUCGCGUCACGCUCUGCAAACAAUUUCAGGAAUUGUUUAGGCCCUGUUGCCAGCCGUGUCCUAACGGAGGAGCAGAUAUUUGCUAUGCAGGUCAGCAAAACCCGUUUGCCUUUGACUUUUUUUACGGCUGUGGGUACCAGAUUACUUGGAUGACCAUGAUUGGUCUAGUGGCCUGGACCCUGCUCUACCUUUUGGAAAAGUAUCAAUUGCGAAUUACGGUAUUUUUGGAACGUGCUAAAAAUACGAAACUUCGUGACUUGAAGACGCUUUGGAACACAGAGGACAAAGAGCCACUUGGUGCAGCAACCGUAUUAUUCGGACCGGAAGACCCGGAUGUAGUCGCUGAACGCCGUCGUGUCGAUUACGCGACCAGCGCCAAUCGAAUGAAGGACUAUGCCUUGGUGGUUCAGAACUUGACUAAAUACUACGGCGAGUUCCUCGCGGUGAACAAAGUUUCAUUUCUCGUUCAAGGCAAGGAGUGCUUCGGCCUUCUCGGCGUGAACGGCGCCGGCAAAACAACGACACUCGGAAUGCUGACCAACGACUUAUUAAUAUCGGCAGGAACCGCCUACAUUCGGGAUCAGGACGUGCGCACAAAUACCCAAUGGCUCUACGAACAGACUGGCUAUUGUCCUCAGCAAAAUAUUCUAAUCGAUCUUAUGACUGGGAAUGAAAUGCUUAGAUUGUUCUGUACACUCCGCGGAGUAGCUGCCGAUCAGACGGAUACAAUUGUUACUCAUAUCGUGAGCAUCAUCGAGCUCGCAGAGUGUGCGGAUGAGCUUACGCAGACCUACAGCGGUGGUACAAAACGGAAACUCAGUUUUGGUUUGGCUAUUGUCGGCAAUCCUUCCCUGCUCCUCCUCGAUGAACCGACAACUGGAAUCGACCCUCGAGCUCGUCGUAGAAUCUGGAAUACGCUGGCAAGAUUUCAAACUGAGAUGGGUUCUUCGUGUCUACUGACGUCGCACUCAAUGGACGAAUGCGAAGCGCUUUGUCAGCGUAUUGCCGUAAUGGUCGAGGGUAGCAUCCGUUGUGUCGGGUCAUCACAACACCUAAAGACAAAGUUUAGCCAGGGUUUCACUGUGCUAGUGAAGUUAUCUGUCGAUUCACAGCUGCAAGCGAAAGCAGUUAUUCAGGCAAUGCAAAAACUAUUCCCCAGCGGGUGUCGUCUCCAGCAAAGCUAUCAGCGUCUGCUAAAGUUUCACGUGGCGAAAGCGACUCUUCGUUGGAGUGCGGUCUUUGAACGUAUCAUGCAGAUGCGCAAUGACCCGACCUUAUCAAUCGAAGAUGUCCAGGUAUCCGAUACAUCACUAGAAGAAGUUUUUCUCACAUUUGCACGCAAACGCGAUUUCACAUUGGGCGCUAUUACCAACCAGCGCACUGAGGAUAUGUCUAAGGGAAAGCCACGUCCCAGUAAAACAGAUGAAACAGAAUGGUCAGAGGCAGAACGUGAAAGUACGCGUGAGGAUCGUUCGAAUUCAGACUUUCCUGAUACAGUCACUAUAGAGCCGUUUUUAGAAAGCUCGAGCCCAUCGACGCCCGAGGACGAACAAUUGUCAACCAGCCGUAUUAAUGAAAUGUACAGCCAAAGCCCAUCCAGGCUCAUCAGUUCAGGCCUUAAAGAAGGACAGUCCCUUUUAACCAGUAUGGAGGCUCGGGAUAUGGUUGACAAUGAGAUCAAGAGUAGCAGCCUUGACAUUCGUCCUCCUUACUUUCGAAGGCGUGAACCCAAGCUGAAAACAGUGCACGAUAAAAAGAGGCGGCCACGCGAAUCCACCGGUCGAUCACAGGAACGUCAUGAUCAGGAUCAUGAUUCUCUCAUUCUGCAUCCGAUAUCACCUUUCAAAAUAAACGACGACGACAAUAUGCGCAGUUCCCUGAGCGUAAAGCAUCUUCCAUCCUUAAGUAUGACCCAGAGGGGAAGUAAAUCGUUCCACGCAAGGAGCCCACAUCUUCACAAUACCGAUGAUGCUUUUAUGGACCAAGAUGUAGACGGACAGUUCAACAUCGUCGUCCCUCUUGUCGAAUAAUAUCGGACAACAACGUACACAUCUUCCCAUAUCGUAUGGAGCAGACUAAUGUCUCCAAAAAACACGGACAAAGCCACCGAAAUGGUCGGAGAAUAUUGCUAACAAUUGAAUUACUCAUAUAUAAAUAUAAAUUAUGGAAUAAAGUUUUACUUUGAAUUUGCCCGAAAGUAUUUGUUGUGCAUAGCAACGUGUCUUCUACAAGUUGAAACAGAACGUUUAA